UAAUACUCGGAAAGGUGCCCUGGGAGCUCAGAUACAAAAGAGUAAAAUGAGCCCAACUGAAGCUCGUAUGGCUGCCUCAUUGCCUAUUGAUCAUGGAUCCAGCAGUAGAAGUCCGAUGAAGGAGCAGAGAGAUAAGGGAGCUUACAUGGUGCUGGUGUCUCAGGCAAUGAGUCCGGUGAGCCUGAGUUCAGUGGAGGUGGGCAAGAGGAGGCACCUAAUUUGGCUAGUCCAGCUGGGGAUUCUUCUUCCAAAGGACUUGCUGCUAACAAGAGGAAAAGGUCCGGUCAGGAUAUCGAACCAGACCGAGUACAAGGAGGAGCCUCGCAGCCUUCUGUUGAGACCACAGAGGAUAAUGUGGACACUAAACAGAAGCCAGGACAAAAUAGCUCAACUAUGGCAACUGUCAAGCCUAAUGGGAAGCAAGCCAAGGAUAGCUCGGAUGCCCCGAAGGAGGAUUGUAUUCAUGUGAGAGCACGGCGUGGCCAGGCAACUAAUAGCCACAGUCUUGCAGAAAGAGUGAGGAGGGAAAAAAUUAGUGAACGGAAGUUUCUUCAAGAACUUGUUCCUGGUUGCAGUAAAGUCACAGGAAAAGCAGUCAUGCUGGAUGAGAUCAUCAACUAUGUUCAAUCACUGCAACGGCAGGUUGAGUUUCUGUCAAUGAAGCUUGCUGCUGUCAAUCCCAGGCUGGACUUCAACAUAGAAGGACUUCUUUCUAAAGAUCUUUUUCAUUCGAGAGGCGGUCCUUCAUCUUCCAUUGGUUUCUCAAGAGAUACGGUUCAUCCUCAACUACAUCCAUCUCAACAGGGUCUUGUUCAAGCAGGGAUGUCCGGCAUUGUAAACCAUUCUGAUGCGCUUCGAACAGCAAUGAAUGCUCAACUGACUUCCAUUAAUGGAUACAAAGAACCUAUGCCUCAGAUACCUAAUGCAUGGAACGAGGAGCUCCACAAUGUUAUGCAAAUGACUUUUGGUGCUAAUCCCCCUCUCAAUGCCCAAGAGUUAAAUGGUAAACCUUGCGAGGGAUUCCCCAUGUGAAGCCGCCAACCUGUUCAUGCCCUUGAUAGCUAGAUAGUUCACAGUGGGUGCUGUCAGAUCAUACAAAAAUCGAGCUCUGAUCGUAUCUUUUCUACAUCUUGAGCUUGUUCGUAUUUGCUCUUUUAAGGAGAUAAUAAAGUUUGCAUGCUUCAAAGAUGCAGGGUAUACAAUUCUGGUAGUUCCAGUGGAAGAUGCAAUUUUUUUCUCUGAAUGAUAUAAUUCUGGAGCAUGAACAUGGUUGCUUCUUGUAUUAGCAAUUUUGGGGUUGUUCCCCGCAAGGCUCUACUACAUCUCCUAAAGUGCAUUAGUUCGUUCUUCAGAGAUUAAUAUAAGAGAGAGAGCGUAUUCCUGUGGAGAUAAUUUUCCUCUCUCUCAAAUUAGAGGUAUAUAGAGCAAUUUAACCAGAAACUUCAAAAGCUUAGCAAUGAGUAAUCACAGAAUCCUGUCACUAAGAGAUGCAUGACUAGGGUGGUUCUAUUUUUGCAGCACGAAACAAGUUUCUUUGUUCAAGGUAAUGGAAAAUAGAUGUUGUAGACUCACCUUUUAACAAAUAAUAUCAUGUUCCAUUUUCCUUCUUUAUUA